GCAGUUGGCGGGUGCCCGGGCGGGUCGAAGGAAGCACCCAGAAGGCGCUCUUGCCCGGCGGCGGCGGCGGCACAGGCCCCGGCCUACCUCACAGGGCGAGACAUCAAGCACCAGCAUCAGGAUGAGUGUGGAAGCGAGCGGCAAGCCCCUGAAAGUGGGCUCUAGAGUGGAAGUCAUCGGGAAGGGGUACCGAGGAACGGUGGCCUACGUGGGUGCCACCUUGUUUGCCACUGGGAAGUGGGUUGGCGUCAUCCUGGAUGAAGCGAAAGGCAAGAACGACGGCACAGUGCAGGGCAGGAAGUAUUUCACCUGCGAGGAAAACCAUGGCAUCUUUGUGAGGCAGUCACAGAUCCAGGUUUUCGAUGAUGGCGCAGAUACAACAUCCCCGGAAACGCCGGAGUCUUCUGCCUCAAAGGUCCCCAAGAGAGAUUCCUCAGAAGGUCCCAAAGCCAGCAAACUGCCCACCCGGACGGCCAGUUCAGCAGCGUCCAGCGGCACACCGGGGCUCUCUGGCUCGGCCUCGGCCUCGGCCGGAGAGAUGAGCAGCAGCGAGCCGAGCACACCUGCGCAGACCCCGCUGGCAGCACCUGUGGUCCCCACCCCGUCUCUCACGUCUCCGGUGGCUCCUCCGGCGAUCCUGUCGCCAACCAAGGAGGAGGAGAACUUGCGUGGUCAGGUGCGAGAUCUCGAGGAGAAGCUGGAGACCCUCAAGAUGAAGCGGAACGAAGACAAGGCCAAGCUGAAGGAGCUGGAGAAGUACAAGAUCCAGCUGGAGCAGGUCCAGGAGUGGAAGAGCAAGAUGCAGGAGCAGCAGGCGGAGCUCCAGAAGCGCCUGAAGGAGGCGAAAAAGGAAGCCAAAGAGGCCCUGGAGGCCAAAGAGCGCUACAUGGAGGAAAUGGCCGACACGGCGGAUGCUAUUGAGAUGGCCACCCUGGACAAGGAGAUGGCGGAGGAGCGGGCGGAGUCCCUGCAGCAGGAGGCCGACUCCCUGAAGGAGAAGGUGGAGGACCUCACCAUGGACCUGGAGAUCCUGAAGCACGAGAUCGAGGAGAAGGGUUCAGACGGUGCCGCCUCCAGCUACCAUGUCAAGCAGCUGGAAGAGCAGAACGCCCGGCUGAAGGAGGCGCUCGUGAGGAUGCGGGACCUGUCUGCCUCGGAGAAGCAGGAGCACGUGAAGCUGCAGAAGCACAUGGAGAAGAAGAACGUGGAGCUGGAGUCGCUGCGCCAGCAGAAGGAGAAGCGGCAGGAGGAGCUGAAGCAGGCGGAAAGGACCAUCGACGAGCUGAAGGAGCAGGUGGAUGCUGCCCUGGGGGCUGAGGAGAUGGUGGAGACCCUGACUGAGAGGAACCUGGAUUUGGAGGAGAAGGUCCGGGAGCUCCGGGAGACAGUGGGAGACCUGGAAGCCAUGAACGAGAUGAACGACGAGCUGCAGGAGAAUGCCAGGGAGACGGAGCUGGAGCUGCGGGAGCAGCUGGACAUGGCCACCGCUCGGGUCCGCGAGGCAGAGAAGCGCGUGGAGGCCGCCCAGGAGACGGUGGCCGACUACCAGCAGACCAUCAAGAAAUACCGGGAGCUGACUGCCCACCUGCAGGAUGUCAACCGAGAACUGAUGAACCAGCAGGAGGCAUCGGUGGAGAGGCAGCAGCAGCCUCCGCCCGAAAUGUUUGACUUCAAGAUUAAAUUUGCCGAGACGAAAGCGCAUGCCAAGGCCAUCGAGAUGGAGCUGCGUCAGAUGGAGGUGCAGCAGGCCAACCGGCACGUCUCCCUGCUCACCGCCUUCAUGCCAGACAGCUUCCUGCGCCACGGCGGGGACCACGACUGCAUCCUGGUGCUCUUGCUCAUCCCGCGCCUCAUCUGCAAGGCGGAGCUGAUCAGCAAGCAAGCCCAGGAGAAGUUUGAGCUGACCGAGAACUGUGCGGAGCGGGCCGGCCUGCGGGGGGCCCCAGGGGAGCAGCUGAGCUUUGCCGCUGGGCUGGUCUAUUCCCUCAUCCUCCUGCAAGCGACGCUGCACAAAUACGAGCAGGCCUUGAACAAGUGCAACGUGGACGUCUAUAAGAAAGUGGGCACCCUUUAUCCGGAGAUGAGCGUGCACGAGAGGUCCCUGGACUUCCUCAUCGAGCUGCUGCACAAGGACCAGCUGGACGAGACCGUCAACGUGGAGCCCUUGACCAAAGCCAUCAAGUACUAUCAGCACCUGUACAGCAUCCACCUGGCUGAGCAGGCGGAGGAGUGCACCAUGCAGCUGGCUGACCACAUCAAGUUCACCCAGAGCGCCUUGGACUGCAUGAGCGUGGAAGUGGGCAGGCUGCGGUCCUUCCUGCAGACAGGGCAGGAGGCGUCCGACUUGGCGAUUCUCCUGAAGGACCUGGAGACGUCGUGCAGCGACAUCCGGCAGUUCUGCAAGAAAAUCCGGCGCCGCAUGCCCGGCACGGACGCCCCCGGCAUCCCUGCGGCGCUCGGCUUCGGACAACAGGUCGCCGACACGCUGCUGGAUUGCCGCAAGCACCUGACGUGGGUGGUGGCCGUGCUGCAGGAGGUGGCGGCCGCGGGGGCUCAGAUGAUCGCCCCCCUGACGGAGAACGAGGGCCUCCAGGCCGUGAAGCUGGAAGACCUGGCCUUCAAGGCCAGCGAGCAGAUCUACGGCCUGCAAGGCGUCAGCCCCCACGAGUGCCUGCGCCAGUCGUGCAACAUCCUCAUCGCCACCAUGAACAAGAUGGCCACCGCCAUGCAGGAGGGCGAGUACGACGCAGACCGACCCCAGACCAAGCCCCCUCCGCCCGUGGAUCUGCGCGCGGCGGCGUUGCGGGCAGAGAUCACUGACGCCGAGGGCCUGGGGCUGAAACUGGAGGAUCGGGAGACGGUCAUCAAGGAGCUCAAGAAGUCCCUCAAAAUCAAGGGAGAGGAGCUGAGCGAAGCCAACGUGCGGCUCAGCCUCCUGGAGAAGAAGCUGGACAGCUCCUCCAAGGAUGCAGAUGAGCGGGUGGAGAAGAUCCAGACCAAGCUGGAUGAGACCCAAACUCUGCUCAAGAAGAAAGAGAAGGAGUUCGAGGAGACGAUGGAUGCCCUCCAAGCAGACAUUGACCAGCUGGAGUCCGAGAAACUGGAGCUGAAGCAGCGGCUCAGCAACCAGUCCAAGCGCACCAUCGAGGGCCUGCGUGGCGCCCCGCCCUCCGGCAUCGCGUCCGUCAUCUCGGGCAUCACGGGAGGUGUGGGUGCUGGCCAGGUCAUGAUGGGCGGUUCAGGCCCUGUGCAGGUGAAGGACUCCCCGCUCCUCCUCCAGCAGAUCGACGCUAUGCAGCUGUCCAUCAAGCAUCUCAAAAACGAGAACAACCGGCUCAAGGGAGCUCAGAUGAGGCGGGAGCUGGCGUCCCUGUCGCCGCUGCACGUCCCCAAGCUCUCGCUCCCCAAGGACAGGACCGGGGAGGAGGUGGUCUCCAGCGCCCUGUACCGCAAGACCAGCCACCUGCUGGAGACCCUCUACCAGAUGAGCGCGAAUGCCAAGGUGGUGGACAUCACACGGCAGAGGACAGCGGCCAGCCCCACAGCCCAGCUCCUGGAGCAAACAGCCCGCCUGAAGUCACUGAGCGAAACCAUUGACAAACUGAAGGAUGAAGUCAUGAAGGAGACGGUCCUCCAGCACCCUGGCGCCCACAUCCCCACCGACUUCGGCACCUUCCCCUCGGCCCCCUUCCUGAAGGCCAAAGAGGAGCAGAAGGACGACACGGUCUACCUGGGCAAAGUGACCCUCCCCUGCCAGCCGGGCCACGGCCAGGUGCACCGGCUAGUCCUCACGCCGGAGCAGCUGCACAAGCUUCACACUCGCCUCAUCUGCUAAGAGAGCCCCGCCCCGCUCCUCUCCCCCCACUCUCUGCCGCCUCCCCACAUCUAGACGGCCCUCGGCUGCAAAGCUCGCCUCCCGCCACUGACGCUCCGAACGUCCGCGUGCUCUGGGCCUGGGUUGUGGCCCCCCACUCCAACUGGGAGGCCCUCUGGCGACCGCUCCCCCUUUCUGGGGCGUCGCUCUCGCUGCCUUACCGACAGGCACCGGCUGGCUGCCCCUUGGGCCAGGCUUCAAGCGCCGCUCUGCAUGUGCUGGGGGGCCUCCUCCUCCUCCUCCUCCUCCUCCUCCUCCUCCUCCUCCUGGACGCCUUCCCCCCUUGGCUAGCUUCCGGGCAUGCUACGGGGCCGGAUCCAAGGAGCAAACCCAAAGCACGGAGGGGAGGGGAGGGCACCCUGCUCCCCCACCUGUUAGAGGAGGGCAUUGAGGGGAACGCGGCCGGACCCUCCUCCGCUCCACCCCACGUAGUUCAGCCGCGGUUGCUAACGUAAAACGCUUGCACGAAGCUCUCUUGCUGUUGCCACCAAGACCAUUCAAAGGUCUCGGCUUGGGAGGCUCCGCGGUGAGAGGGCCCGGGCUGUGAGCGUGUCUCUCUGCCGGCAGCGGUGGGGGGCCUCUUCUCUUUGCAGAAGCACGCCAGGCCUCGUAAUCCUGCCGCUCAGCACCUCCGGCCCCAGCCUCUGCUCCCUUCCUGUGGGGUCCUCCGUCUUCGGUGCUUUCAUGUCAGUGGGGGUGAGGAGCCCCUCUUGCCAGGAGCGGGCGGAGCUGAGGCUGGCCAGCGCCAAGCACUUUGAGGCAGAGACCUUCUUGCAUGUUGACUUCUUGAGACAAUAAAAUAAACUCACUCGAA